AUGGCAGCGUAUCAACCCAUGACGACGCCCAACGAUGCGAAAAACUACGUCAACGAGGCCGGUCAGAUUGAGUGGGGCGCCAUGCCACUCAACGCCGCCCUUGACAAGCUCAAGGCGACCCGCGACGGCUUGACGUCGGCCGAGGCCGAGAAGCGCCUCAUCGAGCACGGACCCAACGCCCUGCCCAAGAACGAGGUCAACAAGUGUAUGGUCUUCCUCGGCUUCAUGUGGAACCCGCUCUCAUGGGCCAUGGAGGUCGCGGCCAUUCUCUCGAUCAUCUUGCUCGACUACCCGGACUUUGCCUUGAUCCUCGGUCUUUUGCUGCUGAACGCGUGCAUCGGUUUCUUUGAGGAGAUCCAGGCGGGCGAUGCUGUCGCGGCGCUCAUGGGUCAGCUUGCGCCCGAGUCCAAGGUCUUCCGCGACGGCGCCAUGGUCAACAUUCCCGCGAGCCAGCUCGUGCCCGGCGACGUGAUUCGCAUUCGUCUCGUUCCUUGA